AUGUCUGGGCUUUUGCCAAAGUUCAUUAACAUCCGUCGUGGUGGCUAUAUUGUCAUAAUAAUCGGUAUUGCGAUGCAGCCGUGGAUACUUUCCAAUACCGAUAGCAAAUUUCUGUCUGUCAUGGGCUCUUAUGCCAUCUUCUUGGCACCUCUCACGGGUAUUUUGCACUGUGAAUACUAUGUUAUUCGCCGGCAGCGUCUUUCCCUCCAAGAUCUUUAUACUCCGAACUCAUCAUCAUCAUACUGGUACUUUCACGGCUUGAGCAUACGAACUCUUGUCAGCUUCUGUAUUGGAUUCUUUCCUUUCCUGCCGGGUUAUAUCCACAAUAUUACACCUUCGAUCCAUGUCUCAGAGGGUUGGAGUCAGUUGUUCUAUAUGUGUUACCCAUUAGGUUACUUUGGCACCGGAGCUGUACAUUAUGCUAUUAGCUAUUUCUUUCCGCCAAAAGAACUCGGUAAGGUCGAUGAGCGUGAUAUCUACGGUACAUUCGCACCCGGUGAGAAGACCCCGUUUGGGAUACUCGUGGGAGUCCAUCCUGAGGACAUUGAGGCAGGUGGGAGUGACUCAGGCGACGGAGAGUCAGUGCCCCCUAAGUUGGCCAACGCUGAGGUCCAGGAUGCUCGCAGUGCGUAA